CCCCGCCCCUCCCCCUGCCCUGCGCCGCCAUGUUCCUGCAGUGCUACACGGGCCCGCGCGGCGAGCGCGUCUACACCCUGAAGAAGAUGUCCCCGGACGGCCGCCCCACGCGCUCCGCGCACCCCGCGCGCUUCUCCCCGGACGACAAGUUCUCCCGGCACCGCCUGGCGCUGAAGCGGCGCUUCGGCCUCCUGCCCGCCCAGAGGCCGCGCCCGCUGCUCUGAGGGGCCGGCGCGGGGGGGUCCGGGCUGGACGCGGGGCAAUAAAGCUGGGAUCGAACCGGGA